AUGGAUAAGUUUAUCGGUACAUGGAAGUUGGAGAACAAUGAGAACUUUGUUGACUACUUGAAUCGGCUUGGUGCGCCCGCUUUGGUUUCGAAGUUUGUUAACCGACAGCCUGUCAAAGUUUACAUACGCCAGGAGGGAGAUGAGUACAUCAUUGAAAGUGUAACCGCCGCGAUAAAAAUUACGACCAACUUCAAGCUGGACGAAACAUUCGAGGAACCCAUCAUGGGUGAGUCAACUGCCAAGAACAAGUCACUGAUUAGACUGGAAAAUGGCGUCCUUCACUAUCGACAAAGGGGAAAGAAACCACGUGAAAAGAAGGAGCAGGAGUCAAACAGUACAUGGAGCGUGGAUGGGGAUAGGCUGAAUGUUGUGAGUUGA